AUGCCUCCAAGAAAAGGAAGAACAGCUGUCAAAAAAGUUUCAAAAGUUGAGAAUGCUGAUAAGUUGAACCCCGAUGAGUUGGAGAAAAUGGAUCUUGAUAAGGUUACACAGGAUGAGAGUUCUCCCGUGAAAUCUCUUGAUGCUAACCAGGAGAACCUUAACACUGCCUCUACUUCUGAUAACUCCGAACCUAAUGUAUUCGAAGUUAAACCUCCUUUAAGUACAGAACUCGAAAAUCCUGUGGAUACCAACGCCGUCUCCAAUGAUGUUACUUCUGAUGAAGUGGAUACCAACACCAAUACUGUGACUGAUACAGUCAAUGCCACACCCAAUAGUGUUGAUAAUAUGGAUAAUACUAACACCAUGGAUAACAACUACAAUGUUAACAGUGUUGAUACCCUUAACAAUGUCAACGGUGUCGAUACAGUUGAUGAAGUGAAUAUGGAUGUGGAUAUGGAAGACUAUGCUCAAGAUUUAUCCAUGUCCAACAUUCCUCCACCUCCUGACUCUGAUGGUUACGGUUUUGAGGAUCAGAUAUCAAGUGAGGAAAUAGCCGAAUGUCUGUCGGAAAUAAUUGAUUCGCUGAUGGAUUUAUCAAAGCAACUCGAAGACCAAGAUGAUGAGGAAGAAGAAGGUGCAAUAAGAGAGGAAGAAGUGCCUUUUGAAAGGGUGCCUGAGGAGGUGAACAUGGGGAACGUACUGUUAUUCCUUAACCUGCCACCAGAAUUUGACACAAAGAGGCUUACUGAAACACUCACAAAGUACCCAACACUUAUUUCAAACGUGUCGUUCCUUGAUAAGACAAAGCUGAAGGUCUUUUUCACCUCAUACAAAGGAGCCCAGGAAACGAAGACGAAACUUGACUCUGUAAAAUUGUACAAUCGCAGACUUCAGGUAAUUUUCGCUCCAGACAAAUAUACAAUAAACGCACCAAAGUAUCUAAAUAUUCCUCUAAACCUCAGCAAUAACCGCCAUGGAAGUGUCAAUCAUCACCACAACUUCGUAAACCACCAAAACUACCCCAGCCAGCAGAAUCAAUUCAGAGGAUUUGGAUCUAACUCGAUUAUUCCACCUCCACCAUCUGUUCCUUACACAGGACCGCCUCAAGAACGCUUUAAAAUCUCAUUUAAUAGGUAUAAGCUCGUGAACACGACGAUGUCCCAACUGCUAACCCAGAUUUUCAACGAAGGAAACUUUGAGCCGGGAAGCCAGAGUCUCCAAUGGGAUGAUUCCUCAACAUUUUACCAGAAUCAGCUCAAAUUCGACAAGUUGUUUGAAAAGUUCGGCUUAACCACUAGGUACGUCAUGGUUGGAAAGCUGAACGACUCAGUAUUUGAAAACUCCACGACCGUCCAUGAUUUCCUCUCAAACUUUACAAACUCAUCAUACACUUACGAAAUUGUAACUUUGCCCUCUUCAUAUCUAUCAACAGUUAGUCACUCAGGUACAAAUACUAACAAUACUAAUGGUGUUGAGAGAGUAGAAAAUGAUUUUAAUGCUAACUCUACCACUAAUGUUAAUUCGACCGAUGAUGAGAAGUGGUUAUAUGUAGUUUUUGAUAAGAACAGAGAUGGAUUGAACUUUUACAAUAAAGUUUGUGGCUACGUGUCGGGUGGAAACUCAGAAACCACAAAUGGAGAAUCGAAACGGAAGUUGUUGGUGAGAUACGCAUGUCCAUUGGGAUCUCUAGAUAGUUUGUGGAUAGGAAAUGUGUGUGAGUUUUGUGGGUAUUUCAGAAAUGAAGAUGAAGUUUACUCAUUCUUUAACAAUCUAGGAAACCUCAAACACUUCAAACUCGUGUACGAGUCAAACUGUAUAUUCCUUACCUUUCAAAGUAAACAAACCUCAGUGAAGGUGUAUAACCUCUUAAACGCACUGUCACCCAGGAUGGUCAUAAGACUUUUAACCUCAACCAGCUCAAAUGGAAGUUCAAAUGGAUCCUCAAGUCUAGUUGAACGGUUUUGUACCUUGACAACGGACGUCGACAAUGAUUCAAUGGGACUUAUGAAGGAAGAUUUGGUGUCAGUUGACUUUACGGUGAGUAAGAGUGAGAAUAGUUUUGCAUUGGGCCAGAAGCUAUUGAACGCAAUCAAGAGAAGAACAGACUCACAGGAACUCAUUGAAAAGCUCUUGAACACAAACGAUGUCUCAAGUAUUUUGUCAGAAAACUCGAUUUCGAAUCGUAGAACCCAUGGUAGUUAUGGCUCCUAUGGAAGUUACGCCCCCAGAAGAAGAGAACGCUCUAGAUAUGACCGAAGACCCUAUAGAGAUGAAUAUGGUAGAGAACCAUACCGAGAAAAGGAUAAAAAUAGCCGAGAACAUAAUAAAUAUAGACAAAGAUACCCAAUUUCAAAAGAAUCAAGGGUCGACCGCUUCGGAAGAACAAUUCGAACCUACGAUAAGUCUAGACGUGACGAGCCCUGGAAGUAUAAUUAUCACUCAGGCGACUCGGAUAAUAAUUUACAGGAUAAAAUGGACCCUGAAGUUAGAAAAAGAAGUAAAGAAAGAGGACGAGAUCCCAACUAUAAUGAUACUCCCAAAAAUAGUCAUCUAAAUGAACCAUAUUUGUCAGAUCAACCUGUCUUGGAUCAGGUUGAAAUGGAUAUUGACCGAUCAGAAUCACCAUCAACUUCGUCUGUCAUUGGUGGGAAAUCUGGUAAAAAAUUAGACUAUUGCCAAUUAUUGAAAAGAGGCAAGUUCAUUUGCAGAGUUGGCUGUGAAUUUGUUCGAGGUGACCGAGCACACAAGUUGCCCGAGCUACUCGACGUUAAUCAGAGAGCCAACCCUGAACGUUUGAAGAAUUACUUGACCAAAAGUGCUGAACUAUCACUUUGGAAGCUGUCCGCAGACUGCAAAGAAGAUAAUCAGAAGUAUGAUAGUCUCUGUGAAUACUUAAUUUCGAAAAAUAGGGUUGCGCUUGUUCAGCAAGGCCCCUAUGAAAUUUAUAUUGUGCCUCCUCAAGAACAAUAUAUUCAAAUGCUAAACACUCCAGAUUCACAAUUCAUGUACGCUUAUGUUCUCUCUAAAUCCUAA